AUGUGUGCUUCUUGUAUGAUGGAUAGAAGUCACCGAGGCCACCAGGUGGAACCACUGGAUAAAGCCCUCGAGAAGAGGAAAGACAAACUGCGAGAGGUCCUGGAGAGAGUCAACUCAAAGACACAAGAGAUUGAGAAAAUACUUCAGAAUCUGACCGGGAAUGUGUCUAAAAUACAAGGAAAGGCAAAUGGUCUAACAAAGGGAAUCAAUGAGCUGUUCGAAGACGUGAUAAGACAACUUGAAGUCCUAAAAGAUACUCUGACCGCUGAAGUCUUGUUAAAGACAGAACAGAGUUUACUCCCUAUGACUGAUCACAUCCAAGAGCUGGAGGAAGAGAAAAAGGAGCUGCUUAGGAGUAAAUGUCGCAUCGAGGAGCUGUGCCAUAUGGACAAUCCCUUUACUGUCCUACAAGAACAUCAGCGUGGUCUUCACGACAGAGUCACACGAAGCGAUGCACACAGCUCCCAGGAGUUAGAUGUGGGUCAGAUCACAAGAACACUACAGACAAGGUUAGCAGAUAUAACAUCAGGGGGGAUUCUGUGUUUCUACAUGCAGGAACCUACAGACCUACUACUGGAUGUAACCACAGCCUCUAACAAUGUCCACAUAUCCGAAGACCGCAGAUCUGCCACCUACACAGAAUUUGUCCAGAACCUCCCGGACUCAUCACAGAGAUUCCCACUGAUCUCUCAAGUAUUGAGCACCAGAGGUUUCUCCUCAGGAAGACAUUACUGGGAUGUGGAGACAAGCCACACUGGGAACUGGAGAGUGGGGGUGUGCUAUCCCAGUAUGGACAGGAAAGGAGGCCUGUCCAACAUUGGAUAUAAUAGCAAAUCCUGGUGUCUUAGAAGGUGCUUUGGGGAGUUGGGAUUGAGGCAUAAUUCUCAGUGCCUCCCAUUGUCUCAGGUUUCCUCCUGCAAUCAUAUGAGAGUCUAUCUGGACUAUGAGGCUGGCCAGCUGUCCUUCUAUGAGCUGUCUGACUCCAUCAGACAUUUACAUACCUUCACCGCCACUUUCACUGAGCCUCUACACGCUGCAUUUAUGGUAUUUGAAGGAUGGCUGAGAGUCAAAGGGACCAGACCAGGCGGAACUGUCAGGGACAGUGGUGUUGGAUUAUAACAUGGUAGAGAUGUCUCCGAGAACCCCCGAUUACGAGUACAUGCCCUCUCUGACCACUCGGCUGACCGCUGUAUUAGGGGGUUGGGAGAAAUGUUGGACCAUUUGAAGUUCAGCUGCUGUAUAAAAUGUAUCACCAAUUUAUAGGGGUUAUCCAGAGUUUUCAAAAAAAAAUAAAUUUAUAUGGUGCUGAAGCGGAAGGAGAAUAGGAAAAAACCUAUACUUACCCUAGUCUUCUGCAGGUCCCCUGAUCGUCUCUUCUUUUGGAUUCCAGGACCUGCCGUCUCAGCCAAUCAUUGGAUGUAGCAGUGUCCCAUCUUGGUCAGUGACUGGCUGAGCCGGCUGGUGCUGCAACAAGCGCUCGACUCCGAACAGCAAAGGAGAGGAUUGGGGGACUGGGAAUGAUGGGGAUGAGGGUAAGUAUAGGUUUCUUUUCACUACCCCAGCACUAUGUCAUUUUUUAGA